CGGGUGGCGGUGUGCCCACUACGGGUGGCGGUGUGUCCACUACGGGUGGCGGUGUGUCCACUACGGGUGGCGGUGUGUCCACUACGGGUGGCUUUGUGAUCACUGCUGAUGAAGAUGUGUCCACCGCUGGCAGCGGCGUGUCCACUACUGACAGUGAACGGGCGUCAGAUCCAACACCAGGAACUUGUACUAAUCAGCCUCAUAAUUUCAUGUCCAAAGAGUUCAGCUGUCUAAAAUUUAAAGGAAACCACGGAGAGUCAGACUUAAAACUGCAACAAUUUACCAGACAAGACUUGGAACCUGACAAUAAACCAUUUUUAACAUGUCGUGCAAGAGAGCUAACUAUUCCACACACCUUCCGGAACAGAAGGGAAAUUCUGGAUCAAGGUUACUACCUAAAAGGUUAUAACGAUUUUUAAAAUAAGAUAUAUUUUACAUUUACAAAGUCUUCUCAGAUGACUUCUAGAAUUUCAUAUAAUUAUUAUUUUCUUGGCUUGCCACUUUUACAUGCAUUUAUUCGAGUUAGCCAUUGAAAUAGUCAUUCACUUUAUGGGUUUAAAAAAAAAUGUUUAAGGAUAUAAUCGUUGUCCAAUUUAGAUAGUUUUAUUGCUUUUCAUAAUCACAAUUGAGAUAUUUUCUGAACUAAAAAUAUAAAAUUUAAUUUUUUUUUUUGUUGUUGUUGAAACAACAACAUUUAAAAUAAAAACUUGAGGACCUCCAUCUCUCACACACGGUGACUGUUUUUUUAGGUUUGAUAAAUUGACACACGAAACCACAAACAUCUUACCUAGUCGUCUCACCAUGUAUUUUGAUACAUGAAACUACAAACAUCUUACCUAGUCGUCUCACCAUGUAUUUUGAUACAUGAAACUACAAACAUCUUACCUAGUCGUCUCACCAUGUAUUUUGACACAUGAAACUACCAACAUCUUACCCAGUCGUCUCACCAUGUAUUUUGACACAUGAAACUACCAACAUCUUACCUAGUCGUCUCACCAUGUAUUUUGAUACAUGAAACUACCAACAUCUUACCUAGUCGUCUCACCAUGUAUUUUGAUACAUGAAACUACAAACAUCUUACCUAGUCGUCUCACCAUGUAUUUUGACACACGAAACCACAAACAUCUUACCUAGUCGUCUCACCAUGUAUUUUGAUACAUGAAACUACAAACAUCUUACCCAGUCGUCUCACCAUGUAUUUUGAUACAUGAAACUACAAACAUCUUACCUAGUCGUCUCACAGAGUAUUUUGAUACAUGAAACUACCAACAUCUUACCCAGUCGUCUCACCAUGUAUUUUGACACAUGAAACUACAAACAUCUUACCUAGUCGUCUCACCAUGUAUUUUGAUACAUGAAACUACAAACAUCUUACCUAGUCGUCUCACCAUGUAUUUUGACACAUGAAACUACAAACAUCUUACCCAGUCGUCUCACCAUGUAUUUUGAUACAUGAAACUACCAACAUCUUACCCAGUCGUCUCACCAUGUAUUUUGACACAUGAAACUACAAACAUCUUACCCAUUCGUCUCACAAUGUAUUUUGAUACAUGAAACUACCAACAUCUUACCCAGUCGUCUCACCUUUAGAUCAGCCAAUUGACAGACAUAAUCUGAUCCUCUCCAUCCGUCCAGCGGAUAGUCAUCAGUAUAAAUAAAUAAUAAAAAAUAAAUAUUUAUAUAGAGCGACAAUGUGACUGUAGCCGGAUAAAAAUCCAACAUAGAUUAUUUAGAAUGUGUAUGCUAUACGGCUGUUAUUAAAUAAAUUAUUUAUUUGAGCCAUAUCUUUUUCGUUUUUUAAAACUUAUUUUAUUUUAAAUGAAAAUUGAUUUACUGUUCUCUCCAGAUAAUGUGACUGUGUUCGCUUGACUUAAUUUUUUUUUUACUUAAUGUUGUUUAUUGAUAUACAGAUACAAUUCUCCUUUGCUGCUACUCAUGUAACGCACACAUUUCAAAGAGUGCGAACUCAACACGGUUACGAGAGGGUCACUUGGAACAUUGUCUUCACCGUCAUGUAAAAAAGUUGGACAAAACUCCCGAGGUAAUGUAAUUGUAGAGGUUUUUACAUAUUAAGAUUUUUGUUAAAUUAGCAAUUAAUAGAAAACCAAUCGAUUAUAAUAAGUCUAGAGGAAGAUUGGUUAUAUCUAUAAUUUAUCUUUCACGUCAUUAACUUGGAGAAUAAACAGCGAGCGUCACGCAGAAAGUACAGGCCUUCAUAAAAACUUACCCUAGAAAGAUCCUGAACAUCAAAUGGCCAAACACCAUCACCAACAAAGACUUACUGGAAAGGACAUACCAGGAGCCCCAUUGCUGAAGACAUGAUGAGGAAAAGAUGGAGGUGGACAGGAAACAUUCUUCUUAAGCCCCUAGAUAACAUCACCAGACAUUCCCUAACAUGGAAUCCACAGGGAAAAAGAAAGAGAGGAGGGUCAAAGAUUACAUGGAAACGUGAGCUGGAGGCUGACACACAAAGUAUGGGAUACACAUGAAAGCAAAUGGAAAAGAAAUGACGGGGCCGAGAUGAAUGGAAAAAUUCUUGUAGGCGGCCUAUGUCCCAGAAGGGUAAAAAGCAUACAUAAUUAAGUUUCAAAUCAUAAUCUUUAAUCUUGUUUUAAUAUUGUGGUUUUGUUUUAUUUCUCAAUAGGAUGUUUUCGUGAACGAAAAUCCAGCAGGUAAAUACAAAUGUUUGUCAAUAAUUUUUAAUCAUUUGUAGCAAGCAACUUAAACAUCAGUUUGUUUCGUAAAAAGAAGGCUGUAAUAUUCGGAUGUAGCGUAAGAAUAAAAAAAAAAAUGAAAAUUAUGAAUUACUAUUUUUAAAAACCUGUUACAAGAAAUAGCAUUCUAACCUUAUUUUAGCUAAUAUUAAAGUAAACGUUGGGGAGCUGCGAGAUAAUUUUGUUGACCUUUCGGUAAAUAUAAUUCAAAAUAAAAAUGUAAUAUACAACUUUGUAAUGUUAUUCAACCUGUUAUUGUUACUGUGUAAUACAAUGUUAGGCAGGACAUUUCAUUUUAUAACCUGAACUCUUUGUAUAUUUUUAGACAUUUUUCUUGUUCUUCGAAUUUUUCUUCGCUUUUUAUUUUUCUUCUAUUAUUUAAUUUUUUUCAACACGCUAACAAGACUAAAUCGUAAUCUAGUAUUAUCAGGAGGUUUUUUUUUUUGGGUGGGGGGGGGGGGGGUGGGGUGUUGCACAUGGCGAACGCGACGCUACGGGAGCCCAUGGCUAGAAAUAUGAUACGGAUGUUAAUUUUCAUAAUGUUGUCCUUUCACUCUUUGUAGACAACGAAGCUUGCGUCUUCUGUAGAGUGAAACUUAAGAAAGUCCUGCUUCCUUGUAGCCAUCUCAUUUGUUGCAUUGACUGCUUACUUCAAGAGCUUCACAGCGGACCAUCUGGAGCUACGGGACCUUCUGAACCGCGCAAUGAGGGCAUAAAAUGUCCAUAUUGUGGGACAUAUUGCUCCCAGUAUUCAGUGAUUCAAUGGGAAUGAAACAGAUUGAAAAAAAAAUGAUAAAAAAAAAAUAUCACUGGG